AUGGAAAUGAGAUUGGAGAAACAGUGUGCUAAAAUGCAGCAGGAGUUGAACUUCUACCAGAAGACUCUCGCCACCAUCAAAGAAGAAAAAAAGGAGGCAUUCUUCCGCUCAGCAUCAAAAGUCGGACUCGAAGGAAUUCAACGCCUAGCGAAGUGCGCAGUAUGUUAUCAAGAAUACAUCGAUGCAGUCAAGCCCGUUUCAUUGCCAUGCGGCCACGUCAUCUGCAAAGAUUGCGCUGCGACGAUUUUCGACACAAUUAUCUACAUGCUGAAAAAUACGCCAAUGCGCAUCGGAAUCUUCUGCUACCUGAUAAGAUUGAUCAGCCCACUGGUGAACUACGGAAUCAUAGGAAUUCUCUUCUUCAUUUUGAUCAGUUGUUUGUUGCUUUUCAUCUUUUUACCAUCGUUUGACAAGAAAAAGAAAAACAAACCAACUGCCCAGCAAAUGUACACUGCUCUUGAGGCAAUCGCCAAAGAACUGCAUUCUGCUCAGGACAUGGACUCAGACGACUUAUCACCAUCCGAAGAAAGCCUUUAA